AUGGGUAGAAUAAAUUCUUACUACAAAUACAUUGAGGAUGUACUACCAGGUUUACCAGGAUAUGUUAAGUAUAAAGAAUUUAAUAAUUACGCGAAUAUAAGUGAUGAAACUGUCAUAUGUAAUAAUCACGGAAUUAACGAAGCAGAGGCUUUGAAAUUUUGUAGGAAGGUAGAACAUAUUUUAAGAGAAUUACAAAAUAUAGAUAAUACAUCAACUUGGACUGAGAGAUGUUAUUAUUUUCAGCAUUGGUUUUAUGAUCAGAUAAGGAGAAGAUUUAAUGGUGAAGGUAAAUAUAUAAACAGUACGGGUAUUUCUGUAAAACUUUUUAAUGCAGUAAAAGAGAUUAAUGAUAAAGUUUUAAAAAGAAAACCAUGUGCAUGUUAUCCUCAUUAUGAAGUAAAUGAUUUAAAAGAAACCAAAGAUCUUCAUGAUUACUUUAAAAAUUAUAGUAAUAUUGAUUGUAAGAGUAAUGACAAGAAUAAAUGCCAAACUUUUUACAAUUAUGUUAAUUAUAUUUAUAAAAUAUAUCAAAAGUAUAUUGAUGAAUAUGGUCCUGAUUGUUGUUGGGGUGGAGAAGUAGAUCAAGAUUGCCAAUCAUAUUUUGUGUGUAAAAGUGAAUUUAACCCAAAAUAUCUCUUAACUCAAUUACAACAGGAAAUUGAUAGAUUAAAUACAUUUAAUUCUCUAGAGAUUAAUGUUGAAGGAGGGACAUUACAAGAUACUUCUAUAAGUACACAUACACAAGACAUCGAAGUAAAUUUAGAUGAACUAACACGUUCAUUAAGUUCGCAUAAUAAAUCUACUGAAAAUACCCCUGCUCGUAUGACAGGAAAUAUGUUUAAUAUGUUGAACUCAAAUUUAUCCCGUUUCACCAUUUUGAUUGUAGCAACAGUGGGAACAUACAUAUUUUUGUACACUUACUAUAGAGUAAUUAAAAAUUCUAUCUUAGUGUAUAAAUAUUUUAGGAUAUUAAGAAAAUGUACUUUUAAUAUUGCUCAACAGGACAGUUUGAUGAUUACCAAAAGAACUCGUUAUAUUUGGCAUAUUAGGCCACAAAAGAGUGUUCUCUUUAAUUACACUUUUAAGAAUAUUGAAAAUACUUGUUUAAAGUUAACAUUAUAA